CAUCUACUUUAGUACUUUUCGCAAAUAAUAAUGGGGUGGUGGGAAAAUAUCAUAAAUAUAUAUAUAUAUAUUUUAUAGAAUGAGUUUUGUAAAGUACUGGAAUGCUCUUUAUAUUAUUUUCACAUUUUUAUUAAAGACUAAAGCUCAAGAAGUUUAUUCCUUAAAUCGCACAUAUGAUAGUCCCAUUAUAUUUCAUCAUCAACCUGAACCUGUUACUUAUUGUUCAUCUCUUAGCACAUGCUUGUUAAGAUGGGAAGUUGAUUGGAAUGGAGAAGAAAUACUAAUGGUGACAUUUGAAAAGAAUGGACAACCAUUUGGUUUUAAUGAAUAUAUUAAUGGAACUUCAUUAGAAUUUAAACAAUUUUCAUUAACAUUUGUUGGUGUUUAUGUAUGUGUAAUAUCUUUUGGAAAUACAGUGGUUAGAAGUUCUACAGUUACUCUAAAAGCAUUUACAGAUAAGAUCAGCUUAGUGGCUUAUCCAUCAUCAGUGGGUGUAAAUGAAUCAGUAAUGCUAUCAUGCUGGGAAGAGACAUCACAGCACCCAUCAUUUCAUAUUUAUGCAAUAAAGUGGUAUAAAGAUAAUAAAACACUUAUAUAUGACAAUAGUGUGCAAGUCAUUGGCAAAAAUAAACUGCUAUUAGCAAAUACAAGACUAAAUGAUCAAGGUUAUUACCAAUGCAGUGUUCAAGUUACACAGUACAGUCAUGAAACAAAAAGUGUUGGGAUAUUUCUUAAUAUCACAGAUAGUUUUGAAGAGUUUACUACUAUUGUUUAUAAGAGUGCUGAUCAAACUGUCAAAUGGAAUUCAACGUUUACAAUUGAAUGCUUGGCGAGACAUGCAAGUCUAAUGCAUAUUGUUAAAGAGGUGAAUGGGAAGUUACAAGUGUUGAUUACAGCUAAAGGAAAUUUUGCCAAUUACACAAUAAAAGUAUUUGAUAAACCAAAUGUUGGCUCUUAUCUCUGUGAAGCCAUUGGCCAGCAUAUAUCAAGAGAAUAUGUUAGAAUUGAUAUUGGAGUUCAGCCAAUAUUUGCUGAAAAUGGUUUUGUUGAAAAUAUUCCUGUGUAUAUAGGAUAUUCUACAGUAAUGGAGUGUAAUUUUACUGGUUCUAGCAAUAUUUCUGUUAACUGGUAUAAAAAUGGGUCACAUCUUGUUUCAGAAAAUCUUUCAAGCGAUUUUAAAAUAAGUGGUACUACUUUAUCUAAAAAAAAUAUUGACCACAAUGAUUUGGAUUUUUAUCAGUGUGUUGUGGAAAAUGAUUUUGGAAGCGUUUUAAAAUAUUUUUUCAUUUACUCAACAAAUUUACAAUCUGGUGUUCAACAGUUAAAAGUUGUACAAGUAACAUCAUCAUUUAUCACUUUUGAAUGGCUUCCACCAUUAAAUCGUCCUGCACCUAAUUUUAUAUACAUUUAUUCUUGGUCAAGUGAUCUUUUAAAAGGGAGAUCCAUUUCUACAGAAAAAAAUACAAUAGAAAAGUCUGUAACAAUUCAUUCAGAAGUUUUUGGUGGCAUUCGUUAUAAAAUAGGAGUUUGUCUUUUUUAUCAUGAUCAUGAAUAUCCAGAAUCAUGUGUUUAUACUUAUGUAAGAACCCCAGACGGUUACCCUAUAAAUGGUCCACUAAUUACAUCACUGAAUGCAGAAACACUAAGUCCAGACAAUAUAACUGAUUGUUCUUCUUAUUUUUGUUUAAGAUUGACUUGGUUUAACCCUCCUUGGUUUUCAAAUGGUGAAGUUAAAUAUUACUUGUUAAAAGCAUUAAGUGUUGCCUCACCUUUUGCAGUGGAUAUUCCACACAAUACUAGUUUGCUUUUAUUAGACAAUUUACCCAGUGAUAUAAAUAACACUUUAACUAUAAUGAAUAAUGAUGAUCUUUUUAAGUUAUGGAUGACCUCAACAACAUCUUUUGGAGAAGGACCAAUGAGUAACUCAUUUCUUGUAUCUAAGAAUUCUUUGUGGGACAAAGAUGUUUACAAAAGAGAUUCAUCAGUUAUUUGGCAGUCUCCAUAUGAUCAAAAAGAUUGCAAUGCUGUUGUUGAAUGGAAACAUGAGAAUUUUUUUCCGAAGAGCAAUGUUAUUGUUGCUUGGUUAAUAUAUUAUAUACCAAUACCCUUUUCCAACUAUUGGAAGUCUGUAAAAAUUAAACGUUAUAAUAACGAUACAAACAAGGCCAUUCUUCAUAACUUAAAUUGUACUGUUUCAUACAGAGUUACAAUCGCAGCUGUAUUGAAAGAAACACUACAACUUAAAAAACUUGAGUUAUUAGGGAAUGUAACACAUUUAAUACUUGAAAAAGUUAAUUUAAAAAAAUUUAAUAUCAAAGAUAAAAAAGUGUUGAUUCAGCCACCAAACUCUUUAAAAUGUGUCAGUAUUAAUGAGAAUGAAAUCUUGGUGUCCUGGUCAAACCCUCCUACAAUUCAUAAAAUUUUAUAUUAUACUGUGUAUAUUUCCAAUGAAACAAAUAUGAACUUUAAAACCAUUUACCAGACAGAUGAUCAUUAUUUAAAAAUUGGUUCUCUUCAGCCACAUACAUUCUACACAAUUAGAGUUAUUCCAAAAGGUAUCCCAGCACAAGAAUCCAAUAUUUCUUUUUUACCAAGUCAGUAUAUAUCAUGUCAGACGAAAAUUCUGGUUUCUUCUGCCGUGACACAACCAGAAUAUUAUUUUUCUCAAAGAAAUACAGAUGGCUGGUACAAAUUUUAUUUAAUUGUACGUUGGAAAGAGCCUUUACUUACUGGAGAUGGGGUUUAUAUUUAUAAAAUUUAUCUUCAACCUUACACACAAAAGCAUAUUCAAAAGUAUAUAUUUGAUCAUGAAAUCUAUUAUGUCUUUGCUAAUAAAUCUAUUGAUGGCUGGAUUUAUUCUCCAUCCAUUAUUGUGCAUCCAAAAACAUAUGCAGAGGUCUUAAUUAUUCCAAUUAAUGGAGCUGGGGAAGGGAUAUCAUACAAGUUAACUACAAGAGGUAUUGAUGAACCAGUUAAAACUUCUCAGGUAUCUUUGUUAACCACGCUAACACCAGAGUCAAGUUUUCAUAUAAACAAUGGCAUAGCGAUUGGACUUUCAAUUGCAGGAUUUUUUAUGCUCGUUUUAUUUGUGACUUUGAUUAUAAAAAAUCCAUGCAAAAGCACGCACUAUUAUGAAAAGCGUGCUAAUGAUGCUAAGUCUAGUUUUCACAAAGAGUUAAUAUAUCUUAAACCAUUCGAUGAGCAGAAUUCGGCUUCAACUUCGGCUGCUUGUCAAGGUUGUGGAGGAGUAUGCACUGCCAAUAUUUGUGAGAAUUCAAGAACUACUAUAUCUAAAUUUAUAGUGCCACUUUGGCGUUUGCUUGGAAAACCAGUACAUUUAAAGAUUCCUAACGGACAAACGAAUCAAAUAAUUUCGCCUUACUCACAAUAUGACGUUAGAAGUAUUCAGUUCUCAACUUCAUCUAAAACUGGCGAUAGUUUUUCAUCGAAUCAACAACGUAAUCUUAUUUCUACUUCAAGGUCAUAAUCCUUCUUAUGGCUUUGUGUGUUUGUAUAUAUGUGUGUAUAUAUAUUUCAUAUGUAUCUAGUUGUAAAUAUUUGAAAUUAGGAAAAUUGUCAAAACAUUCAUGUAAAUAAAGCAAACUCUCCGUGACUUUUGUGGAGCAUUUUUUUUUUCCUCAUUAUUACGAAAUUAUUGACACACUCAAGGGCGUAAAUUCGGGGGGUUGUCUUGGGCGUUUAAGUAUGGAUUUGCUAGAUUUUUGUUUUGUAUUCUUAUAUUAGGAUUUUGUUAUCUUAUAUUAGGAGUUAUGACAUUUGAAGAACUCCAUGGUCUUUAGAUACCCUAAAAAUAACUGGUUUACGCCCCUGCGUGUAAAAAAUCGUUUCGAUUGAAAUCGUUAGUAAAUAAUAGAAAAGACAAAAAAAAAAAAAUUUUUUUUUUUCAAAUAUUAUAAUUAAUACAGAGAAAAUUAAAACUAUCGUAUUUUAUUAUAUGUCGGUGCUUUGCAGAUUUUUUUAUUUGUUUUUAGUCAUACAUUUUCCAUAAAAAAUCAUCCUUUUGACUUUUUCACUAAUUCUAUAACACAAGUAUAGUUUUUUUACCAACUAAAAAGAACCUUUUGAUGUUUUUUUGAACGUCGUAUGCACAUCUUAAGUACGGGUUUUUUAUGUGUACUUGAGAAGAAAUUUAUUUUAGACUACAGAAAUUUAUGUACUGUGUACAAAUUAUUUUAUAUAUUUUUAUUGGUAGUUUUUUAGGAUGCAACUGUCUUAUUGAAACUAAUAGAUAUGUUAUGAAACGAUUGAAUUAAAA